CAGCGUCGCGACGCCUUGGCCACCAGAGGGACGCUUUCUCCUUAGCAACCAGUGCGGCUGCCGCCAUGGGUGAAGUAGAGGAAGUUACUCCAACGAUGGAGAAAGUUCUCCGGAUCCAGAGGGUGUUUAUAAACCUGCUGGAUUCGUACAGCAGCGGGAACAUCGGGAAGUUUCUGUCUAACUGUGUAGUCGGGGCUGCGCUAGAAGAAGUUACAGAAGAAGAGGAAGAAGAAGACGAAAGUAAGUCAGCCACGACAGACGGCUUCUCCAGACUGAAGGAAGGCACCUUCCAGAUCGUGGGCACGCUUUCCAAGCCAGAAGGCGUUCGGCCCAACUUCGCCAUGGAGACAUACAGCAGCAUCUCUCGAGAAGACCUUCUGAUGCGCCUCCUGGAGUGUGACGUCAUCAUUUACAACAUCACCGAGGUCGCGCAGCAAGCCGAGGAGGCCAUCUGGGCAGUCUCCGCACUGAAUGAAGAAGUCAGCCACUUUGAGAAGCGGAAGGUGUUUAUUUUGGUAUCCACGGUGAUGACCUGGGCACGCUCCAAACCCCUGGACCCGGAUGAUUCUGAGGUCCCGUUUACUGAAGAAGAUUAUCGAAGAAGAAAGCACCAUCCUAAUUUUCUGGACCACAUCAAUGCUGAAAAAAUGGUUCUCAAAUUUGGAAAAAACCAGGCCAAAAAAUUCGCAACGUACGUGGUCGCUGCUGGACUUCAGUAUGGAGCGGAAGGAGGCAUCUUACACCAUUUCUUCAAGAUGGCUUGGGCGGGCGAAGUCCCUGCGUUGCCAGUGUUCGGAGAUGGAACAAACGUAAUCCCAGCAAUCCACGUCCUGGACCUAGCGGGAGUGAUUCAAAACAUAAUAGACCACGUGCCGAAACUUCGCUACCUAGUCACUGUGGACGAGUCUGUUCACACCCUGGAAGAUUUGGUCAAGUGCAUCAGUAAAAAUACUGGCACAGGGAAGAUCCAGAGACUCCCCAAGGAAAAUGCUUUUCUAGCCAAGGACUUAACACAAGAGUGCCUUGAUCAGUUACUGGUCAACUUGAGGAUGGAAGCCCUUUUUGUGAAGGAGAAUUUUAACAUUCGAUGGGUUGCCCAAACAGGAUUUGUGGAAAAUAUCAGCAACAUCCUCAAAGAAUACAAGCAAAGCAGGGGAUUAUUGCCGAUCAAGAUUUGCAUUCUCGGCCCCCCUGCCGUGGGAAAAUCCAGCAUCACCGAAGCCUUGUCGAAGCACUACAAACUACAUCACAUUAAAGUGAAGGAUGUCAUUUCCGAAGCCAUAGCCAAACUGGAGGCGAUUGUCACGCCUAAGGAGGAAGGGCAGGAAGAGAAAGAAGGGGAAGAGGAGGAGGAGGAGGAGGAGGAGGAGGAGAACGUGGAGGAGGCCCAGGAGCUCUUGGACGGCAUCAAGGAAAACAUGGAGCAGAACGCAGGCCGACUAGAAGAUCAAUACUUAAUUAGAUUUGUCAAAGAAAAGUUGAAAUCUAUGCCUUGCAGGAACCAAGGUUAUAUUUUGGAUGGAUUCCCAAAGACUUAUGAUCAAGCUAAAGACCUAUUCAAUCAAGAAGAAGAGGAGGAAGAAGAAGACGUCAGAGGCAAAAUAUUUCCCUUUGAUAAAUUAAUCAUACCUGAACUCGUCUGCGUGCUGGACGCCUCCGAUGAGUUCCUCAAGGAGCGGGUGAUGAACCUUCCAGAGAGCGUGGUGGCCGGGACCCACUACAGCCAGGACCGCUUCCUCCGGGCCCUCGGCAACUACCGGGAACUCAACACGGAGGACGAGUCUGUUCUCAACUACUUCGACGAGAUCGAAAUCCACCCAAUACACAUCGAUGUCGGAAAACUCGAGGACCCGCAGAACAGACUUGCGAUCAAGCAGCUCAUCAAAGAGAUCGGGGAGCCUCGAAAUUACGGUUUAACAGCCGAAGAAAAGGCGGAAGAGGAGCGGAAGGCGGCCGAGGAAAGGCUGGCCAGGGAGGCCGCGGAGGAAGCGGAACGUGAGCACCAGGAAGCCAUGGAGAUGGCGGAGAAGAUGGCGCGCUGGGAGGAGUGGAAUAAACGACUAGAGGAAGUGAAAAGAGAAGAAAGAGAGCUAUUAGAGGCCCAAUCGAUUCCCCUGAGAAACUAUUUAAUGACGCACGUGAUGCCAACGCUCAUGCAGGGUCUGAAUGAGUGUUGUAAAGUCCGACCGGAUGAUCCCGUUGACUUUCUGGCAGAGUAUCUGUUCAAGAACAAUCCUGAACUGCAGUGAAACAUUAACCAUCCAUGUGAUACGCCUCCACGGAGUUAGUUUAACAUUGUAUUUGAAAAUUUUGCUUUAAAAAAUACGUUCUUAGUUUUGGGGAAAUUCUUUGUUUUCCCCAUAAGCAAACACUUUAUUACGUAGAAGCAUUAUGAAAAGCUGGGUGGCGGUGGGUGACUUCAUUAAAGAACUUUAUCUGAAAGGUAAAUUGAUAAAGUCUGCUUCGCUCAUGGGACAAAUAUUGACUUAACAUUGCGUUCAUAGUCAAGUCAAAGUGGUCGGCGCACUUGGAUAUGCGGUGAUUUUUAGCAUGAAGACGAUCAGACUGUGCAUUACUGGAACACAAGGGCUGAUGACUUUAUGCAAUCGCUGUGGCCCCACGGCCGAUGGUGUCAGAAAGACAUGGAAACGGUUUAUGCUUAGUCAGAAGUGGUUGGUUUCCACGAGGUUAAGUUCUGAGUCCAGGGUCAGGAUUCUAAGCAAUGAGUCAGAGAGAGACUGAUAAACCUCUUGGUAGAAAAAUUCCCGUAACAGGAUGAAUAAUCCUAAUAUUUGUGAUAAUUAAAAGCUGCUGAAUACUUUCAACAAACUUACAAUAUAGGCGGAGGCCAGCACGCCCUACGGUCUUUUCCAGCCCCAAACUCCCCAGUAAUUUCCAGAAGUACACUGAAUGAGAAAAUUAAACUAAUAAACCAGGUUUAUUUUAA